AUGGUGACUACCGACGACAAUAUCAAUGCUGUGCGAGCAUUCACCCAGACUCGUGAGGAUACGUACGAGUAUAUUUCCCCAAAGAAAACAGACCUUUCGGGAAAGUCUGUGUUUAUCACCGGUGCGUCCAAGGGCAUUGGUCGAGCCACUGCACUCAGCUUUGCAGCCGCGGGUUGUAGCAAGAUCGCCAUAGGCGCUCGCUCCGACCUUGCAAGUCUUGAAAAGGAAAUCCACGAAGCGGCUCGGGAGGGGCCGCCACCAAAGGUUGUUGCUCUCGAACUUGAUGUGACUUCUGAGGACAGCGUCAAAGCCGCUGCAGAGGCAAUCGCCAAGGAGUUUGAUGGGGCGCUUGACGUGCUUGUUAAUAAUGCCGGAUACCUCGAAGAAUGGCAGCCUAUAGCUGAUUCGGAUCCAGCUGAUUGGUGGAAAACGUGGGAUGUCAAUAUAAAGGGCACUUAUUUGUGUUCAAAGUAUUUCAUCCCUUUGCUUCUGAAGAGCAGUCUCAAGAUCAAUAUUCUCACUUCAUCGUAUGGUGGCCUUCGGCAUCAUCCUGGUGCUUCUGCCUAUCAGACUACAAAGUUCGCAGUCUGCCGAUUGGCAGAAUUCCUGAAUGCCGAAUAUGGCGACAAGGGACUUGUCUGCUUCGCCAUCCACCCCGGCAGUGUGAAGACGGAGUUGGGCUCUAGCAUGCCCGAAUCAAUGCACUUUCUUUUGACUGAUACGGUCCAGCUUCCUGCUGAUACCAUCGUCUGGCUGGCAAAGGAACCGCGUGCAUGGCUUGGUGGGCGGUAUGUUAGUGUUGCCUGGGAUAUGGAGGAGCUUGAGGCCAAGAAGGACGAAAUCGUCGCUAAAGACCUGCUGAAAUUUCGAUUAAAUAUAUAA